AUGGCCAUGUUUCGUGCUCCUUUGGCGGCCGCAGUGCAAUGGUCCAGCCCCACUCCCAGCCGCCCAAGCGCUGAGGGUGCCGUAGGCCGCGUUUACAGCAGCGCCGGGCAGCACACAACGGGCGGCGGACCAGGAGCGCCCGCGGCCUACGCCUGCGGUGCCGCCCAAAACCUGCAGGCUGCCCCUCCCUCCGCAGCGCCCCAAGCGCAGCAGCCGGCGACGGCGCCAAACUCGGAACGGGGUGCGGAGACGGAGCGGGAGAUGGAGCGGUUGCGGAAGGAUCUGAGGAAGACAGAGGAGAAGGCGAACUUCUUUCGGAACCAAGUGCUGACCUUGCAACGACAGGUGUCCUCAAUGAGUUCCCCCAUCAUGGCGCAGCAAGAUGCUACCGCGCUUCCAGAAGAGCUGGGGAGGCUGCGCCAGGAUGUGGCGAGUUUACGUCAGGAGUUGGGUGAAGAGCGGAUGCAACGCCAAAGUUUGGAGAUUCAGCUGCAAUCCUUUCGCAACGCUGGCUUCAAGGACCCUGAGGCAAUGCAAAGUGCAGUGCAAAGCGCGGUGCACAGUGCCCGGCAGGAGCUGCAAGGUCAAGUGGAAUCCUUGCGGCAGCAGCUGUCGACCACCCAGCAGCAACUCCUGGACUCCGAAGCUGCGGCGCAAGCGGCGUCUGUCGCGCGCGAUGGGGCCAGUUGGACCUCCGCCAUCACGGUGCCUGCAGGCAGCUUCCCAACGCUGAUGGACUCGAGCAUUUCGCAAGGGAUGGUCGUUUCAGAGGUCUUUGGAGUCGAUCGUGAUCUCAAGAGUGGAGGGCCCCAGCGGGCCUUGAUCGUGGGUUGCGAUUACCCUCAGAAGCCGGGGACCAUCCGUGCGGGCAUCGUCGACGCCAUGCAGUGGUAUCGCUUCUUCCAGUCGCGCUGCGGCUUCUUGGAAAAGGACAUCCGCGUACUGGCGGACGACAGUCACGUCCCCGUGGAGAGCUCCAUGGCCAGCAGGGACAACGUGCUGCGCGGAUUGACCUGGCUGGUGUCGAAUUGCCAUCCGGGCGAUCAGCUGUUCUUUGUGUUUUGUGGCCAUGGAGCGCAGGUGCCCGUGUACGAGUCUCUGGACAAACGGCUCUGUGAAUGUGCGCUGGUCCCGACUGAUUGCAUCGAUGGUAAGGAGAACCCGCGGCUCAUCCGGGACUAUGAGGUGCACCAAGCGUUGGCCACCUUGCCUUCAGGUGUCCAGGUGACAAUGAUUGUGGACGGCUGCCACGCAGGGCACCCCUUGGAUCGCACGUCGGACCAUCGCUUCCCGGCCAUCGGCCGUGGGCAUGUGGACUACGACAAGCUGCGGCACCACCCAGUGCUGCCGCGCUUCUUCGAGCUGCCCCAGUGGAAGGUGCAGGCUCCGUCGCCGCUGGCGCUGAGUUUGCUGCGCUGCCAGGCAGUUCUGUGGCAUGCCUGCGCCAACCACCAAUUCUGUGUGGAACUGCCAAUCGACGAGUGUCCAGCACGAGGAGUCUUCACCUACAUCUUGAUGAGCGCCAUUCUGAAGGUUGGCAUCCAAGCGCCCUGUGGUCAAAUCUUUCAGGAAGCCCAAGAUCUCACGGCGCGCCUCAAGGGAAGGUGGAGGUUGCAGCAAGAGAUGCAGUUUGCCUAUUGUCAAGCCACAACUGAACAGCGGCCCUUUUUCCGCUUCUGA